AUGGCGCAGUGUUCGCCCCUGCGACUGACCGGUGUCUUUUGUUCUCUUCCGCAGGUCGUCGAAGGGGUGCGGUCAAACGGGGAACUCAACUUCGACUACGUAGCUUUCAUCAUACUAGCCGGGAUGAUUGCGGCAUUAGGUUUGAUGGACAACAGCGUGGUCUCCAUCAUUGCAGCUAUGCUUGUCUCACCGCUCAUGGGUCCCAUCGCGGCCAUCACGUUUGGAAUCAUCAUCAGGGACAAGUCGUUGGUCAAAGUUGGACUUCGUACAGAACUGUGCGGGCUUUGCCUCUGCCUCGUGUUUGGAUUCUUUUUCGGUCUCAUCAUGGCCUACUGGGGAGACAUUCAGGGGCCAGGAGGCUGGGGACCCAACACGUGGCCCAACUCUGAACAGACGGCCAGGGGUCAGUGGCGCAGCUUGUGGGUAGGCGCUCUGGUAGCGCUGCCCUCUGGCGCCGGCGUAGCCAUGGCUAUUCUGGGUGGCAACUCGGCCUGUCUCGUGGGAGUGGCCAUCUCUGCUUCGCUGCUGCCUCCUUCCAUCAACUGUGGGUCUUUGUGGGCUCUGUCGCUCAUGAAGGUCUUCAAGUCUCUUGGUCAAGAUCCUAUCAAUGUGACCGUACCCAUUCCGGGCACUGACCAGAACCGCACGGUGGAGACGUACCCGGCCUUCGUGGCGUACCCGGGUUUUCAGGCGUACUACUUCGACAACGCCAACAUGCACAAGGAGUGCGCCGUCAUGGCCAUCAACUCCUUCUGCCUCACCGUCGUCAACAUCCUCUGCAUUAUCAUCGCCGGAACGCUGCUGCUCAAGAUCAAGGAAAUCGCGCCGGAGUCUAGCAUGCCACGAACGCAACGCUUCUGGAAGCACGACAUCAAGGUUGCACGUGACUACAACAGGACCCUUCACGAGUCCAAUGACUUGGGACAGGAAUUCCUCCAGGAAUGGGCGAAAGUAAGCGGCGUCGAUCCCAAGCUGAUGUCGUCAAACGACCCGCAGUCACGGCUGGCCCAGCUGCAAACGUUACAGGACAUACUCAUGGAUGCUGAGGAUGACGAGGUCUAUCAGACGGUCACAAGGCAUUUGGCCAACCAACCGGCAAGUCUGGCCCGUCGUCUCACGAUGCACACCUUGCCGGGCGGUGGCCUUCAGCCCUGUGCCGAUCCGGCUGACCCGGAGUCCGGCCUGCGGUGGCGCCGGAACAGCCAGCUUGUGUCCAACAUGCUGCACAACUUCGAAGGACGCAGCAGCAAGAACCUCGGUGUUACGCAUACGACAACCCGAGCCCUGUUCGGGACGCUCUGAGCCCGCCAUCUAGUGUGACGCCCGCGCAGCCACACGCGCUCUCCAGGCGCCGGUCGUCGGUGCAGCGCACCAGCUACUGGCCAACGCGCUUCUCGGUGUCGCCCGUUGCCGAACCCAGGCGGCGGGUGUCACGAGCCAGUGUGCGGCCCGCCAUAUUGCGCGAGGAAGAUGACGAGACGUCGCGAAUCUGAGGUGGAUGCAAAAGGGUAUUUUAGAAAGAAGAGCACAGCAGCGUCUGUUGCUGUGCCGCAUGUAAAUAGAUGGGCAGCAGUGACGGUGAAAGCCUCGCGUUUCUUCUGGAUGUCCCUGACUGCGGAGGCUGGCCAGUCGGAUGGUCCAGUUGCGUCGAGGAGGCACGUCGGGAAAGUUGCUCGAUUCGAAGUGGGGAGCCGCUGGCGGCAUGCAACGCACACUUCCACGCUUUAACCAGCUCCGAAAUCCUGGCGAGAGCAUUUAUACUGCGUCACUGCGAUCACGUGAUUGCGCACAAAACCACCAGUGGAAGGUAUCAUGUACUCCACUCUUAAUUGGAACGCCUUAAUUGCAAUCCUGGUCUGCGAAUGCUCAUCAUGAUAGCGUCAAAAUUGUCUCUCGUGACGAGACCGCACAAUACGGUGUGUACAAUCCACACAUCUUUUAGUCACCCCUUCAGCUGGUAAGCGGCGACGAUUAACUAGUUGCCUUUAAGAGUGGAUUACGGCGUAGAUCUUGUACAGUACAAGUAGCUGAGAAUCGUCUGCCUCGUUUCGAAUACCUUUGUUUUAUAGCGGAAAUGCGAAAUUUUAAAAUCGGCUCGUAUUUGAUGUAAAGGCCACAACAUUCAUACAUGCUGUAGUGUAGGAUAAGGUUGGUGUGCGCAAUAUGGGGUGAUUGUGGAGGGUUGAGGGUGUGAUAUGUUCUAUUUUAUUGUUCACGUACUUUGUUUCGUUUGUGUUUUUUAGCUCACGAAUCAUUAAUUGUAUAAUAUAUAGAGGCAUGCCAGUCCAUUGCCUUCCUCAUUGUGCACAACGCCAUUCGUGUGUGUGUGUGAAAUAAACCAUGUUCACCUUUUA